AUGGGCGUCACUCUAUCCCUGUUCAGCCAGAGCUACCCUCCCAAGCCCAAAUGGACGCCUGACGACAUACCGGACCUCAGUGGAAAGGUUAUCAUCGUAACAGGCGGCAACGCCGGUGUGGGCAAAGAAACUGUGAAGGCGCUUUUGGAGCAUAACGCCAAGGUCUAUCUCGCUGCGCGCAACCCCGAAAGGGUCAAUAAGGCCAUCGAGGAACUCAAGGCCGCGACCGGCAAAGAGCCCAUCUUCCUCCAGUUGGAUCUCUCAGACUUGACUGCCGUUCGCAGGUCUGCCGAGCAGUUCCUAGCUAAAGAACCGGUGCUACAUGUCCUUAUCAACAACGCCGGCAUUAUGGCUUGCCCGAUGGACCUAUUGACUGCGCAAGGAUAUGAUAUGCAAGUAGGGACGAACGUCAUCGGUCACUACUUUUUCACGACAUUGCUUCUGCCUGCGCUCGAGGCAGCUGCAGUGAAUGGCGAGAAGGCUCGCGUUGUCAACGUGUCAUCAACAGCAGCUUACCUCGCAUCCGAUUUCUACUUCGAUUCUGCGAGGGACGGCCCUGAACGGAAGAAACGUAUGACCUGGGAUAUGUACAACACCAGCAAACUCGGGAAUGUGCUCUUUGCGCGCGAGUUCGCUAGGCGCUACGGUGAUAAAAUCGUUUCGACGGCCCUCAACCCCGGAAAUCUGAAGACAGAUCUCCAACGUCAUUUGCCUGGCUGGCAAGCCACAUUGAUUAACCUGAUAUUGUAUCCUGCACCAAUGGGUGCGAUAACCCAGCUCUGGGCUGGAACAGCGCCCGACGCUGCGGACCACAACGGCAAGUUCCUCAUACCAUGGGCGCGCGUCGGACCUACACCGGCUAAGGCGCAAGACUCGGCUUUGGGCGAGAAACUGUGGUCCUGGCUCGAAGAACAGUGCAAGCCUUUCUAG